GUCUCUCGCAGCUGCCCGUCCCACGAAUCAAGGCGCUUUAAAUGUGGAAACCCCCUUUUCCAUGCACAACUCGAAUAAGAUCGAUGCAGAAGCAGGUACUGGACAAGAGUGAAUGGAUUCAGUAUAGAACCUGCCUGUCGACGUCGCGGUACGUAACUUCGGGCGCAUCGACAGACUUCGGGCGCGUGCAUUUCUACUAUAUGUGAUUAACAAAUCAGCCAGCAGAAAAAAAAACAAUGAUGGAUCAGCUAAAAAUGCAUUAGAUCUGGGAGAUCUGCCCGUCACUGUUCGUCAACGACGGUGAAACAAAUUGAAUAUCCCAAAGUGUGAGUAUUUCGUGUGGUUUUUGCGACUCAGUCACGACUCGAGAACAAAACGUGAGCACAAUUUGGAUGACAAUAAUCACCAUUAGCAGGGAAGUCUCGCAAGAACAGCCUACUACGACUAUUUGAUAGUUCCAGUCGCUCAAAUCACGGCGCGGUUGCGGUGCUCUUGUACUCGAGGUGACCAACCAAACCACUUGUGGAAAGUACACACAGCUGUUCGGUAGAUAAGCCGCCCAUAGGAAGGCCUGUUCCACAAUGCACAUGCACAUGUCGUUCUGGUGGGGCGCCGACGUGGGCGAUGUGUUCUUCCAGGGGCUCACGGUGAGCACGACCGGAGCGAUGGUGGCACUCUGCGUGACUCUCACGGUGCUGUCGAUCGUGUACGAGGGUCUUAAGGUUCACGGUGCCAAGGUGCGCGCACGUGCCGCUCGCGAGCGGAAACAAUCCGCUUCGUGCCCACCAAGCGAGAGCGCCACGCUCCUUUCCCUAGAAACAUCCCCAGGAGUGCUGCGGCCGCUGUCCCGUCGGUUCUGUGCCUUCUUCGCCGAGGCCACCAUCUUCCUGUUCCACAACAUGCUCGGCUAUGCCCUGAUGCUCACGGUAAUGAUCUACAACGGGUACCUGUUUGUGGCCGUCGUCGGCGGUAUGGCUCUGGGGUACUUCUUCUUCGGACACAUGUCCAUGAAGGUCAAUAUGGAGAACGUGCAGGCUCGACGGACGAAUGUUAUCUGCACGGCUCGCUGUUUACAGGCAGAUUCAGUGAACCCAUCGACUUCGUCCAGUCUGGACCACCACCAGCAUCAGCAGUUCGGGACGAACGAGCUCAACUACGACGGAACGGAACCGUCGACCUCGACGGUAGUGAUCCAUCAUCAUGCGUGCCAUUGAGGAAUACAUACCUCAGCGUAUUCCACAAAAAAAAACGUGAACAAGCACAAGAUAUUACGUAAUCUCAGCCAUUUUGUUGCUAGGGUAGAAACAAAGACAACUGUUACGAAACCAAAUCACACAGCAACCAUGGGGGAUCAUCGCAAUCGUCGCCAUUUUUUCGUAGAACGAAGAAACACAAAAGGAUAAAACUUUUUCUAAGCUAGAAUUUAUGCUGUGAUCUACAGAGAAGCAUCGCGGGGAGCCAAUCUUCAGAGCCGUAGGAAACAUAGACAAAACUGUGAAGCCAAUCAAAGUUGUUUUUAAGUAUCACUACACUACUAGAUCGAUUUCGUCUGGGUGGAUGGUUUAAGUCUAGAUCCAGUUAAGUUUUCCGUGCUAAUUUAAGAUGUGUACACCUGGUGUAACUUCUGAUCGAAACCGUAGGUUCUUUCCAAUAUUUCAGAAUAGCGUUUUCAAUAUGUAAUGUGUUAUUUUACCGUUAUUUUUAACAUUCUGUGUGAUAAUUUUUUUUCCACGAAUUUACGUCCAUUCAGCUAUAUAGUUUCAGUAGGAAGCAUAAGAAAAGUAUUUUACCAAAAGGCGACAACAGUCCUCAAUGUUGAACUUGAAGUCUUCUAAGGCUAUUGCUGUACAAUUCGUUGAAAGUAAAUAUUGAAUAAAGAUAUUUAAUCGUAUUACAUAGUAUAAAAA